GUAUGUGAGAUCACUCUCAGGUCAUGAAUCAGGUGUUCAUCUUGUCAGAGUGAAUGAUGCAACGGGUGAUAUUAUUACUUGUUCAGGAAAUAUGAUACGUAUUUGGACCAUUAAUGGUGAACUCUACUUGACGAAAUCAGUAUGUGCUAACUCAGAACGUGUACUAUCGUGUGCGAUUUAUGAUGCCAAACCAAAUGAAUGGUCUAGUCAAGAUUUGAUCAUCACUGGCCAUCGAAAUGUUUUGGGCAAAAGAUAUCGUACAGGAUGAAAAGACAGGAGAACAUAAAUGGACUCUGAAUCAACUCUAUCAACUGACCCACGCCAAUCGUAUAGAUUCAACGUUUGAUUCGUCCGAUAUCGUUUCUCUCUCUUUUUCACAAAAACGCACUUUGUUAACUGGCAAUAGAAAUGGACAAGUCUAUGCUUUUGUAUUACCUGAUACCUCGGACACCUUACAUUACUUGAAAGAAGAUCGAUGCAAGGAAUGUGCUCAAUGUGGAAAAUCAUUUUCUGUUUUAGAACGAAAAUCUUUUUGUCGUAGUUGUGGAGGAUUAUUCUGUUUGCCUUGUAUCUCAAAUAUACCAACAACAGUACCAGAUAAAUCGGCACGGUUCUGCAAAUAUUGUCAAAGUAGAUUAUUAGAAUGAAAUAUUUGUAUUUUAUCAUAGUGAAAACAAUAAAAAAAAGUUAUGUUUUGAUUUGUUACAUUUUUUUUUUUUUUUUUUUUUUUUUUACUAAUUAUU